AUGAAAAGUUUUUUGUUUAAAAAUAUUAAUAAAUAUGAUCAAGAAUAUAAAAACAAAUAUAAAUAUCUUGAUAUAGGGAAUGAGUGUUAUAAAAAUAAAUGCCUAUUUUUACACUUACGUAAUAAUAUUUCUAUAUACACAAAAAAAAUAAAAGUAGAAAUAGGUAAUGUCCAUAAAAGUAAAGUAUUUUAUAAUACUUAUCAUAAUAACCUUUGUAGAAGUAAAAACAUAAUUAAAGUAGAUCAUAUUUAUAAUAAUAAAAGAGUAUUGUUCUCAUCAUAUAAUAAAUUAUAUAAUAGAAAUAUAACAAAAGAUAUUAGAGGGUGUAAAAAAAGUGAGCACAUUAAGAGAAAAAACAUUUUGUUAUUAAAAGGUAAGGAUAGAGAGAAAAGGAUAUUUACUUUGAUAGAUUAUGCAUUAAAGGGAAAUAUAACAAAGCCAUGUAAUUGUGUUUUUAAUAAUAAAGAUAAGUAUAUGGGUAAAUGUAAGUGUGAUAGUAAGAAUAAUAUUAAUAUUAAUAAUUACUAUAUAAAUUCAAAUAAUAUUCAAUAUAAUAAAUGUGCUGAGAAAAAUAUUUUUAGUGUUAAUAUAAACAAACACUAUAUUAAUAAUUAUUAUCACAUAUUUUAUCAUAAUCCAUAUAAAAUGAGAACAAUGCUAUUUAGUAAUUUUGCUCAAGCAGCUAUUUCAUUAAAAAAAGAGAAGUGUAUAAAAUUCUCCAAACUGAACUUAAGUGAUUUGUUAAUAUUUAUAAAUAAGAAUUUAUUAGAAGAUGAUGUUAGUAUAAAGACGUGGAACAAUUUAUUUGUUCAAUUAGAUAAAGUGAUAUCUAAAAAGACAAAAAAUGAAGAACAAAAAGUAGAAAUCUCUACAUUUUUUGAUGGUUUAACGAAUUAUGAAUGUUAUGUACUUAUAGAUUAUCUUAAAGAUAUUGAAGAGGGUGUAAAAAAUAAUAUUUGUGAUAGUAUAUUUUUUGAAUGUUUUGUUAACAGUUUGAAGAAUAGGGAUAUUACUUUUUGGUAUGAGAGGAAGGUACUUGAAAAUUGUGGAAAUGAAGAAAAUAAAAAAAAAUUAGAAAAUUGUAAUUAUAAUAAUAAUAAAAAGAAUGAUGAUGGUUAUGAUGAUACAAAUGUUAUGAUAAAGAAUGAGAAUAUAGAAAACAAAAGAAAUGAAAGUAAAAUAAAAUCAUAUAUAAAGAAAAAUAUAAAAGGAUUUUUAAAUAUAUCAUCAAGUGAAAAAAAUAACAACAUAUAUAAUAAUAAUAAUAAUAAUAAUAAUAAUGAUAAUAUAGAAAAAUCAAAAGAUGAUUUAAUGAAGACAUAUAUAAAAGAUAAUAUAAAUAAAAAUGACGAAAAUGAUAAGAUAAAUGAUAAAUUAAGAAUUUGUUCAAAUAAUAAUAUAAAGGAUGUAAAAAUGAUUAAAAAAUGGUUUAAUCUUAUUAGUUAUUUUCAUAACAAAUGUGAAUAUAUAAUAAUAAUAAAAGAAUAUUUAAAUAAAAUAUUUCGACAAAAUAUUGAUGAAUUAAUAGGUAUAAAUUAUUUUUCAAAAACAGUACAUUAUUUAACAAAUCAAAUAAAUAGUAAAAGUAUUCAUGCUAUAAUAUAUACAUAUGAGAAUAAAUUAGAAUUAAUGAAAUCAUAUGAUUUUAGUUAUAGUUUAAUAAUAUUAUUAAGGUUUUUAAUAUUAAAUCAUAAUUUAUUUAAUAAAAUCAUUGAUUAUGCUAUUGAUGAUCCAUUAAAAAAAUUUGAAGAAUCAAAAUAUUUUAUUCGUUUUAUUAAAAGUAUAGAUACAUAUCCAUUAAUAUAUCCUAAUAAUAUAAUUUAUAAUAAUACCGAACUAUUUCAAAAGAAUAUGAAUGAUUUAUAUAAUUUUACAUUUACAAUAUUUAUAAAAAAAUUAAGUAUGAGAUUAAAUGAUUAUAAUAUAUCUAAUUUAUUAUUUAUAUCUGAAUGUUUAAGUGAAGUGAUAUUUAUACCUAAUACACAAAAUAAUAUAUUACAUAUAUUUAUUAAUAAAUUAAGAUAUCAUAUAAAUAAUUCAAUAGAUAUAUUAUCAGUUGAUAAUUAUAUGUUAGUACGUCUUUUUAAAAUAUCAUCUAUUUUUUCCUUCGUACCAGAAAAGGAAAUAUAUAUAAUAAAAAGUAUUAGAAAUAAUAAAGACAAAAAUUUUAUGAAAAGUAAAGAAUUUAUGCAUCAUAUGAAUUCUAAACAAUAUGUAAAUACACCAACAUUGGUGAAGGAUUAUAGAAAUUAUCUAAGAAGUAAUAGAAGGACUGGUAGACACACCAUAGCAGUUAUGAAUACUAAUUAUGUGAAGAUGGAAAAUAUUUAUAAUUCUAACAAGGAAAAAAAUGAUAUAUAUUUUAUGGAUGACAUACAAAAUGAUGAUUUAAUAUAUGAUAUUAAAGAAGAAAAGGAUAAAUUACAUAAGUAUCAUCAUACAAAUGAGCAGCAAAAAUGUAUUAGUAAUAUACACAAUAACAAUAUAAAUAAUAAUAAUAUAAAUAAUAAUAAUAUAAAUAAUAAUAAUAUAAAUAAUAACAAUAUAAAUAAUAACAAUAUAAAUAAUAAUAAUAUAAAUCUAGAAAACAAUAAUACCAAUGAAAAAUAUGUAAUUUCAAAAAAUAAAGCUCAAACAUACAUCAAUAAUACAAAAAACAAAAUAAGUGCACUUUUAUGUAGUAAGGUAAAUGAUAUAGAUAAAGAAGAAGAACUUGAUGAACUAAAAAAUGUGAAUAAUAAUAUAAAUUAUAAUAUAAAUAAAUCUUGUGAAAAAAAUGAUAUUUAUUAUAAUGACAAAGAGAAUAAUAUAGAUUCUUCAAAAAUAAAUAAAAAUAAAAAAAUUCUUAAACAUACAGAUGAACAUAAUGUUAAGGAACAAAUAAUAUCUAAUGAACCAAAUAGAAAAAAAAACUUAUCUUUCAAUGUACAAAAUGAUAAAGUUAUAAAUUAUUAUUAUGAAGGAUCAGAACUAUCUGAAGAAUGUCAAGGUAAUAAAUCUGAUAUAAAUUCUUGUGUUACACAAUAUGAUUUGUUACAAGUGAAGGAUGAUAAAAUAUGUGAUUUAACGAAUUAUCUAAUAAAUUAUAAUAUGAAUCAAGAUGUAAAUAAGAAAUAUAAAAAAAAUAAAUUCUUAUUAAAAAAUAUCGUUUUAUUAUUAUGUUCUCAAAUAGAUAAGAAAUUAGAAGAUAUGAUAAACGAAAUGGAAAAUAAGAAAAUAAAUUUUUUCAUCGAAAAAAAAAAUCAAAAUAAAAAAAAAUAUAUUCCUAUGACUAAAGAACAAUUAAUUCAAGAAAUAAAAUAUAUCAAUGAAAUGAAUAAUGAGAAAAAAUAUAUAAAUAAUAAUAAUGAAUAUAUUAAUAUGAAUAAAGAUAAAAAUAAUAAUAUAUCAAAUUAUAAUAAUAAUAAUAAAAUGCAAGAAUUAUAUAAACAUUCUUUAAUAUUUUAUGAUAUCAGUGUUUUAAGUGACAUAGUAAAAUUUAGUCAUUUCUCUAUUAAUACAAAUAAACAUACGUACGAAUUAAUUAAAUGUAUAAAAAAAAGACUGGAAGAAAUAAUGAAUUUUUAUUAUAUAAAAAGUAAUAAACAUGAGGAUGAAAAUAUAUUACAUAUUACAAAAAGAAUAAAUAAUAUAAAUGAUAAUAAAAAGAAAAAUCUUAAUUCGAAUGAUAAUUUAAAAAAUUAUAUAGAUACAAAGGAAGUUACAUAUUAUAAGGGUAAAAAUAUAAAUGAUGAAACACAAAAAAAUAAAAAUAAUGCAUCUACUCCAUAUAAUAUAUCAAAUAUGUUUAAUAAAAACAACACAAAUAUAGAUAUAAUAAAAUAUAAAGAUAAUACAUAUAAUACAAAUAAUACAUAUAAUACAUAUAAUACAAAUGGUGAUUAUGUCGAUGAUAUAAUGCUACAAAAUAUAACUACCUUCAAAUUAUAUAAUUUUUAUUGUGCAUGUCGAAAUUUUAGUCCCUCAUUUUUAUUUGCCUUCUCAGAUAUUUUAUUAAAACUUACACCCAAAAUAAACGUUAUAGAUACUGAAAAGCAUGUUGAUUUAUUUAAUAAAAAGUAUAUUCAAAAAAUAGAACAUGUAAAAACAUUUGAAAGAAUUCGUAAUAAAAACAUCACCAUUCCUUUUAUAGUUUCUUUAUUACAUUCUUUAAAAAUUAUGAUAUCAUCUAAUUUAUUCUUAACCAAUAAUUUAUUAAAUACUCAUAUAAGUACUAUGGUUCAGUAUGCAUAUUAUGUUUUAUUUUAUUACUAUUACAACAAGUAUAUGAAAAUAUGUCCAACGGACAAAAUAUAUCAUAAAGAAUCAGAGAAGGAAGUAAAGAGUUGUGAGAAAUUAUCAUUACGUGAUAAUAUUACUAAUAUGUUAAGGAAAAAAAAAGAGAAAGAUCAAAAUAAUAUAAACAAUGUGAAUAAUAAAGUACAUUCAAAUGAAGAUUCUUAUAACACUACCAAGUAUAUCGAUACGAUGCAUAAUAAAAUACAACUUGAUAAUAAUAAUAUUACAAUGAAAGAGGAGGUCCUAGACAAUAUUAAUGCUAUAGAUAAAAAUAAUGAACACUUAGAAAAGUUAAGUAAAAGUGUGGACCCCUUGAAGUCUAAAAAUGAAUGUCUUAUGUAUGACAGUGAUGAUGAAAAUGGUAAUAAUAAUAAUAAUAAUGAUAAUAUUAAUAAUAUUAAUAAUAAUAAUAAUGUUCAUAAUAAUCAUAACAAUUGUGAUAAUAUUUUAAAAAGUCCUAAUGAUGAGGAAGGCUCUGCUAUUUCUAGUAUAAUAAAAUUGAAUAAAAAGAAAAACAAAAGAUUGGUAAUCUUUGAAGAUUUAACACUUGACGACUUGUGUAAUAUAUAUUUGUGUUUAUGUAGCUCUUUAUAUUUUUUAAAUAGAGCAGAAGAGAAAACUAAUGAAAUAAAACAUUUGAUUUAUCUAGAACAUAAGUUUUUAAAAUUAAUUACAAAAAUAAAAUAUAUGAAAUAUUUGUCAGAUAAUUUUAUUUUCUUUUUAUUUAAGGCUCCUUCUACAUCUAAAUUAGAACAAAAAUUAGAUGCUAUUAUUCCUUCUAUAAAAAUUAAAAAUACAAAAAAGAAAAAAAGUAUAUCAGAUAUAUUUUCUUCAACUACAUAUACACAACAUAUGCACAUUAUGAGUUUGCCUGCAGCAACAGCUUUUUUUUUAUGUAAAAUAAAAUUAUCUAUGUCAUCAAGUGGUAGUAAAGAAUUAAAUAUGUUAAGAAUUGAAAAUACAAAAAAAUUAUUUGAUAUAUUAAUUGAUGAUUAUAAAUUGUUAACAAAUUGUAUUGAAGAGCUUUUUAUAAAUCCUAUCCAAAAUGAAAAUAAAGACACCACAAAAUUAAUAGACAAAAAAGAAGAAGAUAGUAAUAAAUCAUUGAAUAAUAAUAGAUCAACUAUAUAUAGUAGAAAAGUACGUAGAUAUCCAUAUUUACCUUAUCUAAUAUCUAAUAAGGUUUCUAUGAAUCAUAAUGUUUAUUUUAAAGCUCUUAUAAGUGACAUGUUUUUUGGUGUUCAUGAAGUAACAACAUUAUAUGGUUUACAAAUUACAUUAUUGAAGACUGUAAAACAUUUAGAAAAUGCACAAGUUAAUUUAAAUGUUAAUUAUAAAAUAACACAAAUCCAACCUAUGCAUAAUGAUGUACUUAAUUAUUUAUCAGAACUUUCUAAUGUAGUUAAAGAUUGUUUAUAUACAAUAUUUUUGUCACAACCUUAUAUUCAUAAGUCUCCAAAGAAAUAUACAACAAAAAGUUUAGUUAAUUAUUUUAUUAAUAAAUGUAGAUUUGUGAGGGAUUAUAACAUUUUUGAUGAUUCAAAUAAUAAGUCAUUUACUGAUGUGAAAAGUCACAAAUAUAUGACCAGAGAAUUUUAUAAUUAA